AUGGCCCAUCAUCCCCGGCGAGAGUCCUUCUCGGUCUCUAACCUGGGCUCGACGGUCGUGUCCCACGACACGGACCUCCUGUGGCCGUUCGGAAAGCUAGACGGGCUCGAUUGGGACGACAUCCGUGAGACCGCGUACGAGAUCUUCUUCACGACUUGUCGCUCCUCGCCGGGGUUCGGAGGCAGGACCGCUCUCGCGUUCUACUCCUCCCACAGCAACAAUGGCGACAAUCAUGGCGACGGAGGAGGAGGAGGAAGACCCGGUUCGCCGGCGGGGUUAGGGUUCGGGAUUUCCGGCAGGAAAGAGGUGGUGACAACACCGACGAGCCGGGUGAAACGUGCGUUAGGGCUAAAGAUGCUUAAGCGGUCUCCUUCAAGGAGGAUGUCUACGAUGGGAGCCAUUGGAGUCGCCGGGUCAGCUCCGGUUUCUCCGGCCGCCGGCGGUGGCGGAGUCAUCGGACACCUUAGCCCCGGCUCCGGGUUCUUAACCGUGCCUCCUGUACGGCCGAGACGACCGUUAACCUCUGCAGAGAUCAUGAGACAACAGAUGAGAGUAACGGAACAGAGUGACAGUCGUCUCCGAAAAACCCUAAUGAGGACGCUUGUCGGCCAAACUGGAAGGCGAGCAGAGACGAUAAUUCUUCCGUUAGAGCUUCUCCGGCACCUGAAAUCUUCGGAGUUCAAUGAUGCACACGAGUAUCAACUAUGGCAACGACGACAACUCAAAGUCCUUGAAGCCGGUCUUCUUCUUCAUCCAUCGAUCCCUUUAGACAAAACCAAUAACUUCGCCAUGCGAAUGCGCGAAAUCGUCCGACACAGCGAGUCGAAACCCAUCGACACGAGCAAAAACUCCGACACGAUGCGCACUUUGUGCAACGUUGUUGUCUCCUUGUCAUGGCGCAGCACAAACGGAAGCCCUACCGAUGUCUGCCACUGGGUAGAUGGAUAUCCUCUGAACAUUCACAUCUAUGUCGCGCUGUUACAGUCAAUCUUCGACGUUAGGGACGAGACUUUGGUAUUAGACGAGGUGGAUGAGCUCUUGGAGCUGAUGAAGAAGACAUGGUCUACGUUAGGGAUAAAUCGGGCAGUACACAACCUGUGUUUCACUUGGGUUUUGUUCCAUCAAUAUGUCGUGACUUUGCAGAUGGAACCGGACUUGCUCGGCGCCUCGCACGCCAUGUUGGCUGAGGUGGCUAACGAUGCCAAGAAGCUCGACCGUGAGGCUCUGUACGUGAAGCUCUUGACCUCGACGUUGGCCUCACUGCAAGGAUGGACUGAAAAAAGGUUGCUGAGUUAUCACGAUUAUUUCCAACGAGGGAACGUGGGGUUGAUCGAGAAUCUUCUGCCACUGGCUUUAUCAUCGUCUAAGAUCUUGGGCGAGGACGUGACAAUCUCUCAAGGGAAAGGGGGAGAGAAAGGAGAAGUUAUGCUGGUAGAUUACUCGGGAGACCGAGUUGAUUAUUAUAUCAGAGCGUCUAUCAAAAACGCUUUCUCGAAGGUGAUAGAGAGCACAAAAGCUAAGAUCAUGGCGACAGAAGAAGGGGACGAAGCUGCAGAAACGCUUCUGCAACUGGCAAAGGAGACAGAAGAACUCGCAUUGCGAGAGCGCGAGUGUUUCAGCCCGAUACUUAAGCGUUGGCACUCCGUUGCGGCCGGGGUCGCAUCCGCGAGCCUUCACCAAUGCUAUGGCUCGAUCUUGAUGCAAUACUUGGCAGGAAGGUCGGUGAUCACCAAAGCGAUCGUCGAGGUUCUGCAUACUGCAGGGAAGCUAGAGAAGGUUUUGGUCCAGAUGGUGGCCGAAGACUCGGAGGAAUCGGAAGACGGAGGGAAAGGACUCGUCCGAGAGAUGGUCCCUUACGAAGUGGAUUUGAUUAUCUUACGGCUUCUGAGGCAGUGGAUCGAGGAGAAGCUGAAGAGAGUUCAGGAGUGUUUGUACAGCGCAAAGGAGACAGAAACGUGGAAACCGAAAUCUAAAUCAGAACCCUACGCACAAUCCGCAGGGGAAAUGAUGAAGCUAGUGAAGGAAAUGGCCGACGAGUUCUUCGAGAUACCGGUUGGAAUUACAGAGGAUGUUGUUCAUGAUCUUGCUGAAGGUUUAGAACGAGUCUUUCAAGAGUACACUACAUUCGUCGCGUCGUGCGGAUCGAAGCAAAGUUACAUUCCCACGCUCCCACCACUGACAAGAUGCAACAGAGACUCCAUGUUUCUGAAGCUGUGGAAGAUAGCGACGCCUUGUACGGUGGCCGGAGAAAAGCUUCAUCCCAAAACCCUAGCCGACUCGGAGGGUAACCACUCGUAUCUUUCCACGAGCCGCGGCACGCAACGGCUAUACAUCCGGCUCAACACGCUGCACUUCCUCAGCUCACACCUUCACUCCCUCGACAAGUCACUCACUGUUAACCCUAGGGUCCUCCCCGCAACACGAAAACGUUACCGCCAUAGAAGCAACUCGUCCUCUUACUUCGACUUCACCUACGCGGGAAUCGAAUCCGCUUGCCAGCACGUCUCCGAAGUCGCAGCCUACAGAUUGAUCUUCUUGGACUCGAACUCCGUCUUUUAUGAGAGCCUCUACGUCGGUGAAGUCUCCAUCUCGAGGAUCAGACCCAUGCUGCGAGUCUUGAAACAGAAUCUAACGCUGAUGUCAGCCAUUUUAGCGGAUCGAGCUCAAGCCUUGGCGAUGAGAGAGGUGAUGAAAGCGUCGUUCGAGGCGUUCUUGAUGGUUUUACUCGCGGGUGGACAUUGCAGAGUGUUUUACAGGUCGGAACAUGAUCUGAUCGAGGAAGAUUUCGAGAAUCUGAAGAGGGUUUUCUGCACGUGUGGAGAAGGGUUGAUCCCGGAGGAAGUGGUGGACCGAGAGGCGGAGUCAGUGGAGGGAGUGAUCCAGCUGAUGAGUCAGCCGACGGAGCAGCUGAUUGAAGAUUUCAGCAUUGUGACAUGCGAAACGAGUGGCAUCGGACUGGUCGGAGCCGGGCAUAAACUUCCGAUGCCACCGACGACCGGACGGUGGAACAGGUCGGAUCCGAACACGAUCUUGCGAGUUCUGUGCCAGAGGAACGAUCGGGUCGCGAAUCGUUUUCUGAAGAAGUCGUUUCAGUUGGCGAAGAGGAGAUGAGUUCUU